AUGGUAAAACUAGAUAUCGGAGCUCUUGAUGUCAAUAUUUUCUUCCCUUACGUCUCAAGGAAAGAAUCUAUGUAUGACAAGAGUAAAGAUAGCAAGAGAAAUAUGCGAAGAAGUUAUAAAGGAAAUCUUAAUAAGAGAAAUACUUCUUAUGAUUUUCAUUGGAGACAUAAGCACAACACUUCCAGAAGACUCCUCAGCACGAGCUUGCCAUUAAACUCCUCCAAAAGGUCCCAAAGUCGAUCAAAAAGCAAAAAUGCCUACCAAGAUCUUCCCAAUCCUAAAAACCCAAGGCCAGCAUCUCCCAAACCCUCUGACUCUCAAAACUUCACUUAUUCCACUUAUAACACUACUAAUCUCUCGAAAAUGAGUUCUAAUAGAAAGCAUACUAAAACUGCAUUAAAACAAAGAAAAAGAGACUUUAAAGGAGUUGCAAUGUGGAAAUCUGUGUGAAUGAUUAAAGAAAGUGACCAAAAUGUGAAAGUAUUAGAAAAUAGAAUUGAGAAACUGAAGAAGGAUAUCAUGAGGACUGAGAGUAACAUUAAAAAUCAAGAAGUCCUUAAUAUGAGCAAAAAAAAAGUCAGAGAUCAAUUUAUUCAGAACAAGGAAGUAAUCAUGUACGAAAAAUAACAAGCAAGUUCAACAAAUCCUAAAAGAUCGCGAAAAGAACAAAUUAAUGUACGCCCAAAGAAGGAAAAAUUACAGUGAAAUCCGUGAGAAAGCGAAGAAUAAAAACAAGGCAAUCAUUGAAAAGAUAAACCUCUCCAAAAAGAUGCAUAUUAUGGAAGGAGAAAUGCUUAAAAUGAGAGACUUCCAGAGACGUAAAAAGCUUCAUGACAACAUCCUAAAAUUCCAGAAGGAUUUAAUACAAAGAAAGAUAGAUACCCACAAGAAGAGAGAAGAAACAGCCCUUGAAAAAUUCGAGCGAAAGAUUAAGCAAAACAACGACAAACUCUUAAGGAACAAAGAGUACAUCAAAAUGAUGAAGCUCGAAGAGGUGGAGUACAUGAACAAACUCAAGCAGACAGUUGAAAGGCAGAAAGCAAUAUCCCAGGCAUAG